AUGUCCGAAUCUGACCAGGAGCAAAGUUCACCUGAGCCACUUUCACCAAGAACCGCUGCUGUACGUGCUGGUUUGAGGAGGAAUUAUAGUUCUUCAAGCGCUGAUUCUAGAAGUUCCGAAUCUGAAGGUUCAAGCACGAUGGCAGAGAUUCCGAACAACAACAAUAAUGUUGAAGGAGGUGGUGCGCUUGUUGUCCAACCUCGAAAACCCCUGCGUGAGUUUUCCAUUCCCAAAGUCACCGAUCAACCUUCGUGCAUCGUCUAUCCUCAACUCACAGUUGAUAGGUUUGAGCUUAAAAGUGGUAUGAUUCAUCUUCUUCCAACUUAUUAUGGUAAUACCACUGAGGAUCCUUACAUGCAUAUUAAGCAAUUCUUUGAAAUAUGUGCUACGAUCAAAAUUCAUGGCCUUGAUGAUGAGCAGAUUAAGAUGAGGCUAUUCCCAUUCAGUUUAAAAGAUAAGGCUAAGUCUUGGUUAUACUCUUUGCCUAAUGCUUCAAUUCAUACUUGGGAAGAGCUUUCUAAUAAGUUUUUGCAGAAAUUCUUCCCGGCUCAAAAGACUAACAAGAUUAGAAAGGAAAUCCUUGGUUUCACACAAAAGGAAGGAGAAGCUUUUCAUGAAUGUUGGGAGAGGUACAAGGAGAUGAUAAGUUCUUGCCCACACCACAACAUAGAGAGUUGGAUGCAAAUGCAAUCUUUCUAUGAAGGUUUGCUUGAUUCCGAAAGGAUGAUGGUAGAUGCAACAAGUGGAGAAGGACUGAUGAACAAAACAGCAGAUGAGGCUUUUACUCUCUUUGAAUCCUUGAGUGCUAACUCUCAACAAUGGAGCCACAAUAAAGGAAGAGGAGCUCCUAUGAAAGCUGUGGUCUCUGAGGCAGUGACUGGCCCUCUAGGAAACAAAGUAGAAGUUCAAGAUCAAUCUUUUGCAGAGCACAUGCUAGAACAAGCAAAUGCCCUUCAAGCAAGGAAUCCUAAUAAUGAUCCUUACUCAAACACUGGAGCAAUAACCCAAAUGUGCAACAAUCUCAAGGACCUCCCCCAGGAUUUCAAAUACAACAAAGGCAAUUCCAGCAAGCUCCCCAACAAGUGCAAGAGCAAAGGGGUGAUCAAAUGGGAGAAUUGCAAGACAUGUUCAAGAAGUUCAUGGGGGCAACAGAUGCAAACCAAUCAGAAUCUUCAAAAUGCAGUGAACAAACUAGAAGUGCAAGUUGGGCAGAUUGCAUCCUCCAUGAGCAAUAGGGCAUCCGGAACAUUUCCAAGCCAAACAGAGGUGAAUCCAAGGCAUCAAGAGCAUGCUAAAGCAGUACACAUCUUGAGAAGUGGUAAACAAGUUGAUAACAAGGUUGGAGAUGUCAACGAAGAGCAAGAAGAUGGAGAAAACGUGGAGAUCAUUCAGCCACCACAUGGGCAGCCCACAGCUUCCAACAAACAGCCCCUCAAUGCUCCUGGAAAGAGCACAGGCCCUAAGGUAUCAUCUAAUGCUAAUCAAGUUCCAAUUUCAACUAAUGCUUUUAGGCCUAUUGCACCCUUUCCCAGCAGGUUAUCAAAGUCAAAGAAAGAUCAAGGCUUGGAUGAGAUAAUGGAAACAUUCAAGAAGGUGCAAAUCAACAUCCCAUUGCUCAAUGCCAUUGCUCAGAUUCCAAAGUAUGCAAAAUUUUUGAAGGAUCUAUGCACUAACAAGAGGAGAUUCAAAGAGCAUGAACAAGUUGCAUUGAGUGAAGAGUUUCAAAAAGCUUUGCUUGAUCUUGGUGCUUCUAUAAACCUUAUGCCAUAUCAUGUUUAUGAGAAACUUAACCUUGGUGAGUUGCAAGCCACAUCUGUGAGCAUUCAAUUGGCAGAUAGAACUAUUAGGUACCCUAAGGGCAUUCUAGAAGAUGUUUUGGUGAAAGUGGAAGAGCUAAUUUUGCCGGCAGAUUUCUUGGUGUUGGAAAUGGAAGAAGCACCAAUUCAUGACAAUCAGUUACCACUCAUUCUAGGUCGGCCAUUCAUGGCAACUGCCGGUGCUAUUAUUGAUGUGAAGAAGGGUACAUUGACCAUGAACGUGUUUGAUGAGACAAUAGCAUUCAAGGUGUUUGAAGCCUCCAAGUUUCCAAGUGAUGAGCAUGAAGUUUUCCAGCUUGAUGCAAUUGAUACUAUGGUGAAAGAAGCACUGCCAAUGAGUUAUUUGGAGCCCAUUGAAGCAUGCAUCACACAAAGCAUAAGGAAAGAAGAAGUGGACAGCUUAGAGGCUGUGAUCUCUCCUUUACUUCUUGAGCUUGUUUGCAGCAUGGAUAGCUACAUAGAAGUUGGAAAGAGGUAUGCAAAUCAAUUUGAAUCAUUACCCCCACCUACUAAUAAGGUUUUACCAUCUAUUGUGCAGGCACCAGAGUUGGAAUUAAAGGAAUUGCCAAAACACCUUAAAUAUGCUUAUUUAGGUGAAAAUGAGACUCUACCUGUUAUCAUUGCCUCACACCUCGAACCAAAUGAUGAGAAGAAGCUUUUGAGAGUUCUAAAAGAGCACAAAACUGCAAUUGGGUGGAGCAUUGCAGAUAUCAAAGGCAUAAGUCCAACACUAUGCAUGCACAAGAUAUUAUUGGAAGACAAUGCAAUGCCUAAGAGGGAUGCCCAAAGACGUCUCAAUCCGAACAUGAAGGAGGUGGUAAGAAAAGAGGUAAUGAAGCUUUUAGAUGUUGGUAUUAUUUACCCUAUUUCUGACAGUAAAUGGGUGAGCCCAGUGCAAGUUGUUCCCAAAAAGUCAGGUAUCACAGUGGUGAAGAAUGAAGCAAAUGAGCUUGUACCUACACGGGUGACCACGGGCUGGAGAGUUUGCAUCGAUUAUAGGAAGCUCAACACAGCAACAAGCAAGGAUCACUUCCCUCUUCCAUUCAUUGAUCAGAUGCUUGAGAGAUUGGCUGGCCAUAGCCACUAUUGCUUCCUUGAUGGAUAUUCAGGCUACAACCAAAUCGCCAUAGCCCCAGAGGAUCAGGAGAAGACAACCUUCACGUGUCCCUUUGGUACUUUCGCUUAUAGGAGGAUGCCUUUUGGUCUCUGUAAUGCCCCAGCCACUUUUCAAAGGUGCAUGAUGAGCAUUUUCUCCGACAUGGUAGAAAGGUUCAUUGAGGUAUUCAUGGAUGACUUCUCUGUCUUUGGUGAUUCUUUUGAUCAAUGCUUGCAUUACUUAUCCAAGGUGUUGGCUAGAUGUGAACAGACUAACCUUGUGCUUAAUUGGGAAAAAUGUCAUUUUAUGGUUAACCAAGGCAUAGUUCUUGGUCAUGUCAUCUCUAGUAAAGGAAUCGAGGUAGAUAAAGCUAAGAUUGAUUUGAUUGCCUCCAUGCCCUCACCUACUUCUGUCAAAGAAGUACGUUCUUUCCUUGGCCAUGCAGGUUUCUAUAGGCGUUUCAUUAAGGAAUUUUCUAAGAUUGCGAGGCCUUUGUGCAAUCUCCUUGCCAAGGACAUGGAUUUGUCUUUGAUCAAAACUGUGAGAAUGCUUUCAAUGCUUUGA